AUGAUGCCGGCGACCCUGCGAGCCGAGGCCUGGAGCGCGAUCCGAACGGGCUGCAGGGCCCUGGAGCAGGCCCCGGCCCGGGGGAGCAGGAGGUGGGCUCGGCUCGGCUUCCGGGUGACCUCCGGGAUCGGGGCAGCUGUCCUGAGCUUCCCAAGGCCUCGAAGGCCGCGUGGCCGGCGCCCCCCCGGCAGGCCCAAGGCGCCAGCGGGCGUGAGCGCGGCGCAGCAGGAGGCGGCUCUGCAGAGGCUGCUGGAGCUGCACAGCGCGGCCAGGCGGCGGCGCCGGCGGGACCGUGAGCAGCAGCGGCUCCGGGUGCGUCCACGCGCCGGGAUCUGGGCCUGCCUGGGGCGGGCGGGACACCGAGGGCGGUCGGACGCUGACUGCCGCCUCUGCAGGUCCUGGAAUGCCUCCACAUUGCAAGGAACCGCCACUGCCGGGUUCAUCCCCUGGGGCUCCCGCCCAGCGCGGCUCAACUCCCUCCACAGGCAAGACCCCCCAGAAAGCGGCCACAAGGAGCCUGAGCCGGGCUGGGGUCGAGCUUGGCGCGCUCGGGUCCCUUUGAAGUGCGCGCACCGCACUCUGGCAGUGACUCGGGCGGGGCGGGAGGGGCGGGUAUGCCAGGUGUUGCCCUCCGGUCCCACCGAGUCGCGGACGCUCAGCGCUCUGCACCGCCAGGAGGAUGCGGCCGGGCCGCGGCGCGCCCUGCGAGAGCAGGUGGAGCAGAUGCAUCGGGAGAGGACCGGGAGGCUGCGGGCCCUCGGGGCCAGGAACACCCAGAACUUCCAGGAGCUACUGUGGCCCCCUGUCGCCAAGGAUCCCGUGCCUGCAGAGUAGUGCUCGCUCUUCCCAGCCCCCUCUGGUCAUUGCUGUGCCCUCAAAAGGAUGAUUAAAGAGAUAAGGGUUUGCAG